AUGACUUUGGUUCAAGCCAACAAUUUUUAUAUUAAUAUGCUCGAUUGUUUUCAUGCAGUAUUAGUAAAAGUGUUCUACAACUUGAUUCUUUCUCACUUAUAUUUUGAAGAUUUUAUUUUUUUUCCCGUAGCUAUAAUCUCUCGUCACGUCUGCGGCAUCAAACUUAAUGAAUUGUUUUAUAAUAUUACAGUAGCAAUGUCGAUUCUUUACGACGAAAUCGAAAUUGAAGACAUGGAAUAUGAUGAAGAAGAACAGAUCUAUUACUAUCCCUGUCCAUGUGGUGAUCGAUUUGAAAUAUCCAAGGCCGAAUUAGAGAUGGGUGAAGAUAUCGCACGAUUCAGCAUUCAAAUUUUGGCAUCAAUGUCGUCUGUACAUGAAAAGAAAGCAGAAAUUGACCUCAUCCGCUCCGUGUUUACAUCUGAUGAGUUGGUUUUUAGCGAUCCCUCGUUAAUCGAAGAGCUCGAUCUUCUUGCCGCUCAGAAUCUACCGAUCGAGGAUAAAGACAUUGAUUUGACACUCAAGAUCGCCUUUUCUGAGGUUAGUUGCUUCAUAUCACUUUUUGGUUUCCUAUUUUAUGAGUUAUGGGAAAGUACUUUUCAUUAUAUAACAGUAAUGCCACUGUUUUUCAUUCAAUUCUGCCGUUUCGAUAGUGCUAAUUUCCAAAAUUCAGGUAUUAUGUAUAAAGUUACAUUGAGAACUGCCCCUGAUUUUUCCCUUCAAAAAUGUUUUAUUUCAACCCAAAAAUCUGUACUUAACCGUCAAUGUCAAAUAAAAUUUGCUUUGAUGAAACCAACAAGAAUUUCAUUUGCUGCAAAAUCAGGUAAAUUAACUAAAUGUCAAAGAAAGAGUUUAUCAAAUUUUCUCACACAAACUUAUCUCACCUCUUUAAUCAAAAACAAAACUAAAAAUACACUUGUUGAGGCAUUUUAUUUUAUUAAAAUUGCACCAUUUAUAAUCCCAAUGGCUUAUAUUACUUUCAAAGAAAUCAUGGCAUAA